AUGUCAGACUUUAUCAAAUGCCUUUAUAAUAGCAAGUGUAAUAAUCUUACACUUUCUAAAAAAGCGAUUGAUAAAUUUGCUGCACUUUUUGGUGAGAUGAACAAUGAGAUCACUAAUGGAACUAUUGUCAAGAAACCCGUAUUGCCGGUUAUUAAGAAACCUCCAUUCCUCAAAAUAUUUCUUAAGUUGAUAAUUAUUCAGCGUUUGCAUGACAUUAGAAUGAUAAGUGAGGUUGAAACCAAAUUGCAGAUGCUCGAGACUCAAAACAUCAACUUUGAGAAGGUUCAAUCCCAGAUCGAACGUCUUGACGAAGAAGAACUAACAAGUGGUAAGAGAGAUGCUUUCGAAGAGACGUAUUACACUCUACGUUCAGAUAUACUCUCAACAUCAUCGAAGCAAAAUCACAUCGCAGUUCUACAUCAGCCAACACAUCACAAUCGCAUCAACGAUCACAACAGUCGCAGUCGCAUCACCUCGCCAAAUCAAGAACUCAAGAAUCAUUGUUCAAGAACUCGUCCUUGCUUACAACCAAUCCACCUUCAACGUCACCUUGUGUCUUUUCUCACCAAGGAGUUGAAAUUAUGCCUUAAUUGCCUACGAGGACGUCACACAGUACAACAUUGCAACUCGGCAAAUAAAUGUCAAAAAUGUGGUGACAGUCAUCAUACCUUGCUGCAUCGUGAGCGCAUCGCACCUGCAAUUCCUCAGACUCCUGCACCAUCAGCAACAGAUUCCCAAGAAAUUGCUAAUCCUAAUCCUAAUCCAUUACCUUCGUCUUCAUCUACCUCUUUACAGGCAAGCCAUGCUGUUAACACCAAUCGAGAUGCUGGGUACGUAUUACUUGCUACCGCACUGGUUAAUCUUUCCAAUGGAGGAGGUACAUCUUUAAUUGGUCGAACACUACUUGAUUCAUGCUCCCAACUUAACUUCAUCACUGAGCAUAUUGCACAACACCUCAAGUUGAGUCGCAGUCGCACAUACCUAGACGUCAGUGGAAUUGGACAAGUUAGCACUAUCGCUUAUCAAAGGGCACAAUUAUGCGUUUCAUCGUUAAAUAAUUCCUUUAAGAUAUACUUAGAUGUAAUAAUUCUUCCAGAAAUCACUUCACCUCAACCAAGUCGUCAUAUAAACAUCAAAAACUGGAAGAUUCCCUCCAAUACUCGGCUAUCUGAUCCUCGAUUCAAUCAACCUGGUGCUAUUGACUGUCUUAUCGGCGCAGGGAUUUACUUUGAUCUUCUUCAAGUAGGUCAGAUCAAAUUAGGAGAAAAUCUACCAAGCCUACAAAAAACAUCACUCGGAUGGAUUGUGGGUGGCACAAUAAGGAAUGAUCAAGAAUACACACCUUUGUUGGACAUCGCACCAGUUGGACCAAAAUCAUCUAGCAUCAACUACACUUGUUUCACCACCACUACUUCUCCGUCUAUUGAAGAACUACUACAACAGUUUUGGACCAUCGAAAACAAUCACACAUCAACAAAGAAACUCUCAAUAGAAGAAGAGGAAUGUGAGACAUUCUUCAAAUCAACAACCACUCGCUGCCCAUUGACCAACAAGUUCAUCGUUCAAUUACCAUUUCGUGAGGAUCGCACAUCGCUCGGGAGUUCAUAUGAAAUAGCAAAGAAGCGGUUAGUAUCAAUUGAACACAAAAUAUAUCGUUCUCUACCAUUACAGAGAGAUUAUUGCCACUUCAUUGACGAGUAUGCACGAUUAGAUCACAUGUGCAAAUUAGAUGCAGCAAAGGCUAUUCAAGAUAACGUCAACUACAUUCCUCAUCAUUGUGUCUUGAAGCCUGAUAGUUCAACAACCAAAUUGCGCGUUGUCUUCGACGCAUCAUGCAAAACAUCAUCAGGCAAAUCCAUGAAUGACAUUCUGAAGGUCGGUCCAACUCUUCAAGAUGACAUCUUCACCAUCCUCGUUCGUUUUCGCACCCAUCGUUUUGUAUUAAUGGCAGAUAUAACACAAAUGUAUCGACAAAUUCUGGUAAGUCCUAAGGAUACUAACACACAAUGCAUUUUGUGGCGCAACUACAAAACGAAGGCAAUCGAAAGCUAUAUGCUGAAAACAGUCACCUAUGGUACAAGUUGUGCCCCAUACUUAGCAGUGAGAUGUCUUCGAUUACUGGCAGAAGAAGGUGCACAACAGUUUCCAAUUGGUUCGCAAUCACAUUGCGUGACUUCUACGUAG